AUGUCUGUCCAGCGCAAUCCGUGGUAUGGAGAGCUGUGGAACAUUCGUUAUCUGCCUGAUACAUCAUGGAAUGAUUUGUUUGCCUCGGAACGAGAAGAACAGGAACAGCGCCGAACGGCGCACGACCGAGAUGUGAUUGUGGCUAAGCGACACGCGCGCCAGUUUACCGCGGCUUUGGAGGCAACGAAGUUAGAGAAGAAAAUGGAGAUGAUCAAGGGAAAGCGGUUUAACAAACGCAAACCGAUGCAGCUAACGAACCGACAGAAGCCGACAGAAAAGGAAAUUUUGGAACGUAUGGCCCGAUCGCAUCGCACACCACCCGAAGGCAGUCAGCUAAGCGCCAUCACAAAUAAAACGUUCAUGAAUUCCCUGUUCUCCGGGGAGCAUGGCGAGGAAAGACAGCUGAUUGGUGGUACUGAAGCGGAACUGAAAGGUCGACGCGGUCGAGCCCCAUCUCGACUUGCGUUAGCACGUGUCGUGUUUGUGGACGAUUUCGUCAUACGGGGUGGCUUCUCGCAAGAGGAUAUCAAGAUGAUGGGAGAAAGAAAGAAAGUGGAAUUUCAGAUAAUGUUUCUGGAGUGGCACCAUAGAUGGUGCUUCAAACCGCAGGUUAAUACACUCGAGUGCAAAACCACAGAUGAUAGGGAGCAUGUUUUCUUUUUUAUUGAAGAACUAGAAGCAGCCCAAACCAUUGCAUUCCGGUCGCUUCAAGCCAAGGAAGAUCUCGGUGCUGCAUCACGGUUCCGUGAUACAGUACUCGUGGAGCAUAAUCCCACGAAACCAGUGUCCGGUGAUAAUGAAUAG